AUGUUUGGUCCUUUCCGCCUCACAAACCCGCUAUCGGGCGGUCUAUUAUGGAAGAUACCAUGGCGGCUAUCCAGACAUCAGAAGUACAGGCAGCGCGAGCGCCUACGGCACGUUGACACUGUGGUCGGCACAAUCGAUACCGCACUACGACGCAUGGGACAGAGCAUGAAGAAGGUGGAGCGCUGGAAGAUGGAGAUGCCGACCGAGGCGGAGAUGCUGCCCAAGGACAAGUACACCGUCUUCGACCGUAAGGUGAAGAGGUAUCGAAAGGGAAUACACAAGGUGCCAAAAUGGACGAGAGUCAGUCAACGACUCAACCCUCCGGGUUUCUAG